GGGAAAGGGACGAUAAAACGGAUUUCGACGGUGGUUUUGCUUCUUCCCCUUCAGCCCUUUGUUUUUCGCCGUUCCAGUCAAGCAGGUGAGCAACAGCGCCCCCCUGUGAAGACGACUGGAAAAAGCCUGAGGAUAGGGAGCCUAACAAACGGCCGAGCAGCUAGCCUCCCCUGCGACUUGGGUCUCCACAGCCCAGCCGUCCGAUGCGGAUUGAGAAUGAGUCCCGCUUUGGAAGCCCUCAUGCAGGCGGACGGGACUCCCUAUUCGGCGAAGGGGGUGAUGCUUGAGCCCUUCGUGCACCAGGUGGGAGGCCACUCCUGCGUGCUGCGCUUCGGGGAACAGACGAUAUGCAAACCCCUCAUACCUCGGGAGCACCAGUUCUACAAAAACCUGCCUCUAGAGAUGAGGAAGUUCACCCCUCAAUAUAAAGGUGUUGUGUCGGUUAGUUUCGAAGAAGACGAGGAGGGAAACCUGUGCCUCAUCGCCUACCCUCUCCAUAGCGAAUCUGGGGACUCGGAAAACAAAGACCCUUCGGCGGACUGCCAAGAACCCAAGAGCAAGAUGCUGAAGUGGAGCAACAAGAAGCAGUCCCCGUUGCUGCAGGAGAAGGAAAACUACAGCAAAGACAGACCCCGAAACAGCAGAAAAGAGGACAAGAUCAUGAGUUAUAAUCGUGACGAGGUCCAGCAGCAGCAGGCUGAGGUUCUGUACUUCAGCUUGGAGAAAGGCAACGUGGUGUCACAGAUCAAACACAACCCAUGGAGUCUGAAGUGCCACCAACAGCAAUUACAGAGGAUGAAGGAAAACGCAAAGCAUCGCAACCAAUACAAAUUUAUUCUGUUGGAAAACCUGACGUGGCGCUACAGAGUCCCGUGUGUGUUGGAUUUAAAGAUGGGAACUCGCCAACAUGGAGACGACGCUUCAGAGGAGAAGAAAGCCAAUCAGAUCCGGAAGUGUCAACAGAGCACAUCAGCAUCGAUUGGAGUGCGGCUCUGUGGGAUGCAGGUGUACCAGUCAGACUCCGGCCAGAUAAUGUUCAUGAACAAGUACCACGGGCGAAAGCUGACCCUUGCUGGUUUCAAGGAGGCUCUCUACCAGUUCUUCCACAACGGCCGGCGACUUCGUCACGAGCUGCUGUCCCCGGUUCUGCGCCGGCUCCGGGAGAUGCAGGCCGCCCUGGAGGCGUGCGAGUCCUACCGCUUCUACUCCAGCUCGCUGCUCAUCAUCUACGACGGCGACCCUCCCAGGACUCCCGCCAGACCCAGGCAUCGAGGAGGGGAGGAAGGCGACGAGGACGAGCCGUCUGAUGAAGAAGAGGAGGAGGGCGAAGAGGAAGGAGCGUUUGGGUUCCCUCGCUCUUCCUCCACCAGCGCAGCCGGCGGCCUGUCUGGCGGCGGCGGCAGCAGCAGCCGCUCCUCGCACGGAGCGGGAGAGGCCAGCAGCCCCGAGGUGGACGUGCGCAUGAUUGACUUUGCUCACACCACGUGUCGGCACUACGGAGAGGACAGCGUGGUCCACGAAGGCCAAGACAGCGGCUUCAUCUUCGGCCUCCAGAAUCUGAUCACCAUCAUCUCUCAGCUGGAGGAGCACAGCACUGACUGAAGGCACAUUGGAGCUGACCUGGUCUCAAUUUCAAGCAUGGGAGAAAAGUUCUUUGGAGCUACAAACCCCGCUGCUUCACCCCCUGAGGUGCUUCAUUGCCUGAACAGGGGUCCGCUUGGUUGGACACCCCAGAUGCCUCUCGGUUAGAGGAAGAGUCUGCAAGGUUGAUCCUGCGCUCUUGCUCACCUGCUGAAGGAAAGGGCUGCUACUGCCCUCCCUUGCACUUUUCUCUUUUAUGAGACUGAGACUUUUACUUUGUGAUACAUGGUAGGAGCAUUGUUGCAUGAGACGGACGAUUUUUCUACA